AGCGCAAAAGUCAGUGGUAGCGCAGAGAUCUUUGAAUCAUAGUCCCUGGCCAGUCAGCAGGUGGCAGAGGGAGAGGCUUGGUGGCUGACGCUCUGUCCUGCAGAGAAAAGAGAGAAGGAAAGAAGGUAGUGGAGGAGAAAGUUAAAGAAAACCCUCAAGGCAAUGACCACUAGACUCCUGUGGAGGGCCCUGUGCCUACUGGCCCUGCUCUGCACCUUGUCACACUGCAGCUCCGCCACCAACCACCCAGACCCCUCAGCCACAGAGCAGGGAGUCACCUUCAGCCACGUCUAUAAAAUUGACAUCCCUGGGAGCUCCAGCUGUAAACUAGAAAGUGUGCCAAUGCAGGACAACACAGGUCUGCAAACAGAGACCACAGCAAAUGGAGAGAAUGAUAUUAUCUUCAAACACAACAUUCGGCUACAGACACCCAAGUGUGACUGUGAGGAGUCAGAGAGCUUUAAAUCUCUGCUGUACAGAGUCAAUGGACUGGAAGAAGAAGUCAACUACUUAAAGACGCAAUGCAGUCAAGGAUGCUGUGGAAAAGGCGGUGCUGCAGGUGUGGAUACCAGCUGUAGUGGCCAUGGUUCCUACCAACACGACACCUGCAGCUGCCUCUGUAACCCUGGAUGGGAAGGCCCAGAUUGCUCCAUAUCCUCCUGCCCUGACGAGUGCAAUGACAACGGCCGAUGUGUGGAUGGGAAAUGUGUGUGCCACCAGGGCUACACAGGAGACGACUGCAGCCAGCUGAUGUGUCCAGACAACUGUAAUGACAAGGGACAGUGUGUCGAUGGAAAAUGCGUGUGCUUCCCGCACUUCACUGGCGAAGACUGCAGCAUCCAGAAGUGUCCCAAUGACUGCAUCAGUAACGGCCAGUGUGUGGAUGGCCAGUGCAUCUGUGAUGAAGGCUUUUAUGGGGAGGACUGUUCUCUAGUCCUUGGACCUCAAGGCCUACGCCUUGUCCAAGUGACCGACGUCUCCCUCCUGGUCGAGUGGGAGCAUGUUCGAGGAGCAGAGUAUUAUGUGUUGACAUAUCAUCCCAAAUAUGAUGAGGGCGCCCAGGAGCAGGUUCGCAUUCCCAACACAGAGAACUCCUACCUCAUCACAGGGCUGGUUCCGGGGGUUACCUACAUUGUCCAAGUCUAUGCCGUCAUCAAGGAAAUCCAGAGUGAAGCAGACAAGAUUGAAGCCACCACAGAUGUCUCAACUAUUGAUGAUAUCCGAGUUCUUGGCCAGACAGAGGUCUCCAUUCAGGUGGACUGGGGAAACCCACAAGCUGAAGUGGAUUACUUCAGGCUCACACACAUUGACCCGGCAGGACAGGAGGAGGAGCUGGAUGUUCAGAAAAGCCAGGAGGCUCGAACCAAGCACACCAUUGUGGGUCUGUAUCCAGGAACUGAGUACCAGAUCUCAGUCCAGGCCAUCAAAGGAACCACUGAUGGAAAAUCGUCUUCUGUCACUGGUGCCACAGACAUUGACAGUCCAACAAACCUUGUGGCCACUGAAGUAACAGAGGACACUGCUACAGUGUCCUGGGAUCCAGUUCAGGCUCAGAUUGAGGGCUACAUGCUGAGCUACACCUCUGCUGAGGGCUCCAGCUCAGACAUCCCUGUAGGACGUGACAGCACCUCAUACCGGCUGGUCGGCUUGAGGCCUGGAGUUCUCCACACUGUCUACAUCUGGGCCUACAGAGGAGACAAAGUCAGCAGGAAGAGUUCAACCGAAGCUGAAACAGAGCUGGAUGCUCCUACUAAUUUCUUGGCCCAGGAUGAGACAGAGUCCAGCCUCAUGGUGUACUGGGAUCGCCCUCAGGCAGAAAUUGAUGGUUACAUCCUAACCUAUAGCUCCACCGAGGGCUCAAGUGAGGAAAUCCUAGUUGGGUCUGACAGCACUUCAUACAUGCUGACUGGCCUGAGGCCUGGGGUUCUCUACACUGUCUACAUCUUGGCCUUCAAGGGAAGCAAAGCCAGCACGAAGAUCUCGACUCAAGCGGAGACAGAAAUGGAUGCUCCUGCUAACCUCUUAGCCCGAGAUGAAACAGAGUCCAGCUUCAGCGUCUCAUGGGAUCCAGUCCAGGCUGAAAUUGAUGGCUACAUUCUAACCUACACCUCUUCUGACGGCUCUAGUGGGGAAAUCCCAGUGGGGCCUGACAGAACCUCUUAUCUGCUGACUGGUUUGAGGCCUGGGGCCCUCUACACUGUCUACAUCUGGGCCGUGAAGGGAAGCAAAGCGACAAGGAAAAUCUCAACACAAGCUGAGACAGAAAUGGAUGCUCCUGCUAACCUCCUAGCCCGAGAUGAGACAGAGUCCAGCUUCAGCGUGUCAUGGGAUCCAGUCCAGGCAGAAAUUAAUGGCUACAUCCUAACCUAUAGCUCUUUUGAGGGCUCUAGUGAGGAAAUCCCAAUUGGGUCUGACAGAACCUCUUACAUGCUGAGUAGCCUGAGGCCUGGAGUUCUCUACACUGUCUACGUCUGGGCCGUCAAGGGGAGCAAAGCGACCAGGAAGAUCUCAACACAAGCUGAGACAGAGAUUGAUUCCCCUAAGGACCUGAAGGCUACAGAUGUGACGCUGGACUCUGCUUCUCUGACAUGGAUUCCUCCUCUGGCUGACAUCGAGGGUUACAUUCUGACCUACAGAGAUGAAGAGGGCAACAUGGAGACCAUUGAAAAGCAGCUUGGAGCCAGCGAGAGCAGCUUUGUUGCAUCAAGCCUGGAGACGGGGAAGAGGUACAUUGUGACCAUUAUUGCCUACAGGGGCAACAAGAGGAGCAAGGUGGUAGAAACCAUCUUUAAAACAGUGGGUGUCCUGUACCCGUUCCCCAUGGACUGUGUUCAGAUCAUGAAGAAUGGCAACAAAAAGAGUGGUGUCUAUACCAUCUAUAUUGCGAAUGAUCGCUCCAAACCAGCCGAGGUGUUCUGCGACAUGGACACUGAUGGAGGCGGCUGGCUGGUGCUUCAGCGCCGUAACAUUGGCAAGCUGGACUUCAUGAAACGCUGGAGGCAGUACAUAGCCGGUUUUGGCAACCUUACAGAAGAGUUCUGGAUUGGUCUGGAUAAGAUAUACGAGCUUACCAACACUCCUACUCAGUAUGAGCUGAGGUUUGACUUGGGCCUGGGCUCAGAGAGGGCCUAUGCUGUAUAUGACAACUUUAAGAUUGCACCGGUUAAGCAGAAGUUCAAACUCACUAUUGGCAAAUACAGUGGGACAGCAGGUGAUGCCAUGACCUACCACCAAGGCAGGCCCUGGACUACUAUUGAUUCAGAUAAUGACAUCGCCCUGGGUAACUGUGCCUUGACUCACCGUGGCGCCUGGUGGUACAAAAACUGUCACCUGGCCAACCUCAACGGCAAAUGGGGUGACAACAGGCACAGCAUGGGAGUGAACUGGGAGCCGUGGAAGGGCCACCUAACGUCCAUCGACUUCACCGAGAUGAAGAUCCGACCCCUGGGAGCCUUGUCCAGCAGGAAGAGGCGAUCGCUGAUGGCCAGAGAGAAGAGCAGAAAAACAAACCUGCAGAAGAAAUAAAAGAGCACCGAAAACCACAACAGACGUCAUCGGCCCCAUGAACCUGCCAUCACACUAGAUUUUGGUGAUUCUGGACAAUUGUACAUACAUGUGGCUCUGACCACAUUAGAACUCCUGUUGGUCUACUUGUUUCUAUGUGCCUUAAUUCCAGGACGAUACAUACACUUUUUAGGAAGAGAGAAAAACUCAUAUUCAGUAAUAACUUAUUAUUUGUUUGUACUUCAAUCAGAAAUCCCUAUAUUUAGUGUGAUUGUAGGAAAGUGGGACAUAAUAACUGCCUAUGAGUUGGUUUGAAGUGACGUGAAGCUGAACAUUAAUGAGUUUAGUCUAUCAGUUAUAAUAUAAUUGUAAUUCUAGAAACUCCUGUUUCACUGAUUCUGGUAGAAGCCUCGAUUAUAAAUCAGUAAACAGUAGAUGGAAAACCAAAAACUCUUUCUCCAGUUACUGCAUUCAUUUAAACCUUUCUUUAACUUGAGGGCAGCAGCCCAGGUUACAUGUAUUAUAUUAGAUUUUUUUCAUGUCCUAGGAAGAGUGUAUAGUAGUAUUGUCUUGUAAGAGCAUAAAUGUAAAACAAAAAAAGCGUCAAAUAUGGUUUGUGUGUUUUGUUAAUGGAUGAGGUGUAGACUGUCAGUUAGUGCCCUGAGUUUAUUGAUUAUGAAGCUGGCUGGCUCUGUCACAUGAAACUGCCAGUGUGUCUCUAAUACUGUCACAUCACAUCAGUUCGUAUAGGACAAGCCAGAGAAUAACAACAGAUGGCUGCCUGGCGUAUCCAUACCGCUCCUGCUUUACAUUCAUAUGAUAGGGACAGCUCAUAUCAAUCACUGUGAUGUGCCCAUAUCAAAUGUCAGUAAGAAUGAAGUUUGUUUGCUCCAUCCUCAGGAGCUUAAUGACCAAACUCUUGUUUUCAGUCUGGAAAGCUGACAGAAGUUAUUAAUGCUGCCUCGACUUUGACUUUACUUAAUUACAUUUUUUUUUAGACUUUUAUUACAAACUUGGUUUAUGUGUCAAGGACGGAGCACAUCAAUCAACCUCUCUGCUAAUCUGCCAGGAUUGAUUUGUAGCCCUCUGCCACUCAUGGAUUUUACAUUCUCCCCCAAAAAACUUAUUUUUAAGAUUUCAUGACCCAUAAAGGUUUUAGUCUGGCUAUAAUCCUCAGCUUAGAUUUUCAAGAUCAGAAAUGAGGACCACUGUAUUAUUUUCUAUCAUGACUGUACUGUCAAACUGACUUUAUAGCUGCCUGUUCAUAUUCAUGUCGCCAUCAACAGAAUAAAAACAAUUCAAGUUUU